AUGGAUGACGAUUCGUUGAACUUCGGCUCUGACGCUGCUGGCGCUACCCCAGGCAGUAAUUCCAUUCUUGCGCAACCGCCGCUGCAAGGGGAAGAUGGCUCCCCUUUGACUCAGGAGGGAGCUUCAGGCCAGGAGGGUGGUGAGGCUUCUGAUGUUGCUAUGGCUGAAGUCGCUGCAGAUAAUGUUGCGGAGCCAUCGAUCAAAAAUGACACCUCCACAUCCACACCAGCUGUUGUCUCUGACAAUCCCCUUGAUGCACCAGAUGCACCUCGACGCGAAGGAGAUGACAAAGAUGAAGAAAUGAGAGAUGCCCAAGAUGAUGUUAAGCCAAUUCAAGAAGGUGCUCAGGGGGAAGAUGGAGGAGAGAAUGGUACGGCUGACGGCCAGGUCGAGAAGUCGAAGACAUCCAUCGAAUCCUCAGCACGGGAACACCUAAUUUCCCAAUCACACUCAAUCAUCCUCCCGAGUUAUAGUACCUGGUUUGAUAUGAACAAAAUCAACAGCAUUGAAAGAAAAGCACUGCCCGAAUUUUUCAACAAUCGAAAUCGAAGCAAAACCCCAGCUGUCUAUAAGGAUUACAGAGACUUUAUGAUUAACACGUAUCGUCUCAAUCCAAUCGAAUAUUUGACCGUCACCGCUUGUAGGAGAAACCUGGCUGGGGAUGUUUGCGCAAUCAUGCGUGUACAUGCUUUCUUAGAGCAAUGGGGUUUGAUAAACUAUCAAGUUGAUGCUGAUGCGCGACCCUCGAGUGUUGGUCCUCCCUUCACAGGACAUUUCAAGGUUAUCUGUGAUACUCCUCGAGGCCUUCAACCCUGGCAACCAGCAGCAGACCCAGUGGUCAUUGAGGGAAAGAAGAAUGCGGACACUGAUGCUAAAGCUGUAGCUGGCAAUGCUCCCAAGGCCAAUUUAAAUCUGGAGGUUGGACGGAACAUCUACGAGGCAUCAGCGAAGGAAAGCAAGAUUACCGCCAAGUCGCCGGAAAAGCAAACCAACGGAGAGGCUGCUACCACAAAUGGCACUUCUGAAUCAACCACGAAGGCUCUUGAAGACAUCGUCAAGCCGUCCAUUUCGAAGGUCAAUUGCUUCUCUUGCGGCAUCGACUGUACCCGUGUGCAUCAUCACAACUCGCAGGCCGAUUCUGGCACUGCCGCAGGUAAAGUGAAGUAUGAUUUGUGUCCGAACUGCUUCGCCGAGGGACGGAUGCCAGCAAACCACCAGCAAGCAUUCUACACCAAACUCGAGAACCCUACAUACUCCUCCAUUCCAGACCGAGAUGCACCUUGGAGUGAUGGUGAGAUUCUUCGUCUUCUCGAAGCAAUGGAGAGAUACGAUGAGGAUUGGGCCGAGGUUGCGGAGUACGUUGGUACCCGGACGAAGGAAGAGUGCGUGGUGAAAUUUUUGCAAUUCGAGAUCGAAGACAAAUACCUUGACUCGGAGCCCGUCAACAAGUCGACCGGCAUUAGCAUGCUAGGUUCGCAACAAGGUCACCUUCCCUUUAGCCAAGCAGAUAACCCUGUCAUGUCUGUCAUCGGAUUCCUUGCUGGACUUACUGAGCCUAGUGUUACAGCUGCGGCUGCAAACAAGACUGUGGAGGCGAUGAAGCAGAGUUUGCGAAACCAGCUCGAGAAGCCUCAGUCAUCGGAGAAGGGCAAAGAGAAAGAAAAUGCCGAUUCGAUGGAUAUUGAUAUGACUAUGACAACCACUACAACUACGACAACUACCACUCAGUCGGUCGGCGCAUUGGCAACCGUCCCGCUUGCAACUGUUGCUGGUCGAGCUGGUGCACUUGCAUCUCAUGAGGAGCGUGAGAUGACUCGCCUAGUUUCCGCGGCAGUCAACGCCACUCUUGAAAAGCUCGAGUUGAAGCUCAAGCAGUUCAACGAGAUGGAGCAGAUCUUGCAAGCUGAGCGCCGAGAACUGGAGCGAGGCCGUCAACAGCUAUUCCUCGACCGUCUUGCCUUUAAGAAGCGGGUCAAGGAUGUGCAGGAUGGUUUGAGAAUGGCCGCAACCGAAGGCGGAGAUCAGGGCAUGAAGAUGGUUCAGAACGGCAUUUCCGGAGGCGAGAGACUCACUUUCCAAGGCCAAGUUGCGCCUGCAGGAAGUAUUCAACCUUUGAGUGCUGAGGGACAAAUAAAGAGCUACGAUAUAUAA